AUGUCACGUAACUGGGCGCGUGCUCCUCUUCCCUCCCAGCGCGUGCUCCUCUCCCCUCCGCGUGCGUGCUCCUCUCCCCUCCGCGUGCGUGCUCCUCUCCCCUCCGCGUUCGUGCUCCUCUCCCCUCCGCGUGCGUGCUCCUCUCCCCUCCGCGUGCGUGCUCCUCUCGCCUCCCCGCGCGUGCUCCUCUCCCCUCCCCGUGCGUGCUCCUCUCGUCUCUCCGCGCGUGCUCCUCUCCCCUCCCCGUGCGUGCUCCUCUCGCCUCCUCGCGCGGCAUCCCCCCUGCACGCCCUCAUUUCCCCCCCUGCACGCCCUCAUUUCCCCCCCUGCACGCCCUCAUUUCCCCCCCUGCAGGCUCUCAUUACCCCCCUUUUAUGCACCCGUUUCCCCUCUGCUCACUCUCUUUCACCCCUCACUCACGCGUUUUCCCCUCUGCUCAGUCUCUUUCCCCCACACUCACCCUUUCUCCCCUCUGCCCACUCUGUUUCCCCCGACACUCACCUUCUUACCGAAUUCUCACUUUUCAUUCACCCCUUUUUCCAAUCCCGCUUCCCCUUUUCCAUCUCUCCUUCAUGCCUUCCACCACCUCUCCCUGCCUUCCUUGCUUCUCUCCUUAUCUCCUUCAUGCCUCCCACCAUCUCGUUUUCCUUCUCAUCUCUUGUGGGCCACAUCACAAGGCCCGUCUGCCCUCUCACACUCUUCCUGCCAUUCUCCCUCUCGCAAUCCUCACCGCCGUCCCUUCCUUCCUGUAACCAAUCUCCCCUCCCCCCUUUUCCCUUCCUUCCCUCCACUUCCUCCCCUUCCCUUCCUUCUCUCCCCAUCAUUCCCUCCCCUUCCUCCCCUCCCCUUCAUCCCCAUCCCUGCCCUUUCCUCCCUGCCCUUCCCUUCUCGACCCCGCCCUUCUAUGUCACUCCUCGCCUUCUGCCCUCCAGUUCAUGUGCAUGUGCUGCCAUCACUUUUGCCCCAUACAUGCAUCUUAUUAACUCAUGUUUACUCGCUUGUAUUCCCUUUUCACCCUCCGUCCCUUCAAAUCUCCCCUCACUUACUACCCAUCUCCCUGCCUUUCCAUCACACCUCCCUGCCUUCUCAUGGAUUUGA